UCUUUGCCGGAGCUGGUCAAAUUCAGUCCAAACAAAUCAACCUCCAAAAUGACCAGCAUCAAUUGAUGCGAUAGGGCUAAUUGAUAAUUUAUUGACCACCACGCUUUAAAGUAAAUAACAACCAUUAUGUUCAUGAAUAAAGCAUUAAAAGUUGGUUCUAUACGGAAUAUUCAAAUUUCGGUGUGUGGCGAAAUCCAUCGAUAACACUUUACUCAACUCGUACAGUCUGGUCGUCCAUCCAGUCGAACUGUCAGUAGAAGAAGCCGAGCGACAUAAAACAAAUGAUUCCCAUUGUUUGCUUUUUCCUUUUUGUUUCGAAAACAGCGCGACGUUUUGGCAGCCAUGGAGUUGUCUGAAAUACUGUACAACAAAGCGGAGUAUAUCGAGACGGCUUCUGGCAACAAGGUUAGCAGACAGUCGGUGCUCUGUGGAAGUCAGAAUAUCGUACUGAAUGGCAAAACCAUCGUCAUGGAUGACUGCAUCAUCAGGGGCGACCUGGCUAAUGUCAGAGUGGGGAGACAUUGUGUGGUUAAAAGCAGGAGUGUCAUUCGUCCACCUUUCAAGAAAUUCAGCAAAGGAGUGGCCUUCUUCCCGCUGCACAUCGGCGACCACGUUUUCAUCGAGGAGGACUGCGUGGUGAACGCAGCUCAGAUCGGUUCCUACGUCCACAUUGGCAAGAAUUGCGUCAUAGGUCGUCGCUGUGUGCUGAAAGACUGCUGCAAGAUCUUGGACAACACUGUUCUUCCUCCGGAGACGGUGGUGCCUCCUUUUACUGUCUUUUCAGGAUGCCCAGGAUUGUUUUCGGGGGAGCUUCCAGAGUGCACACAGGACUUGAUGAUUGACGUCACCAAAAGCUACUACCAGAAGUUCCUUCCUCUCAGCCAGAUAUAGGAGGCCUUUGCCAUCACAGAGUUUCUCUUAAACAAGGUCCAGCUCGCCGUCUGCAUUGGACAGGACUCCCCUAUCAAGCAGAGCUGUGUUGAAGAAACCUGUUCAGACAUCUUGAGCGUGUGUCUAAAAAGGUUAUGUAACAUUUCCUUUCCCCUUUCUUUCAUAUUAUAUAUAAAGUGAUGUUAUGUAUUAAAUAGAGCAGGAGAAGGCAUAUUUUGAAGGAAAUUGUCACUUGUAAACGUGAAAGUCAGAUGAGACAAAUUUGGACCAAGACUACCUUAGAAGACAAUGUUGUCAUUUUACAGUCCAUAUAACCCAGUCGUGGUUUAUUUUCAGCUACCAGGAUUCAAUCUCACAGUGUCAAUUUAUGUGCGUUCAUUGUCUGGGAGACUGUGCGAGAGAGAAUAUCUUUGAAAAAAAAAAAAAAUGCCGCAAAUCCAUUCCUAGAUAUGCCUGGUAUGAGCCUGGUACAAUACAGAUUAAAGGACAUUGAAGGAAUUUGUAGAAUUUCUUAUUCAUUUUUUUUUAUCUUUGUUCUACCCUACUGUGUGGGGGUUGUUCAAAAAUAGCCUUUGAAAAUUAGUAUACAUUUUUAAACAUAACUUCACUGUACUUAUAUCAUGUGCCUACAGAGCAAAACAAAAAUUAUUUUAUCUAGGUACUGAUAGCUUUCUUUACCCAAAAUAUACCAUUACUUUUCUGACACGUGGCUGUCAAAAGUUUUGCUCCUCCAUACUGUGCAUAAAUCACAAUGAAUCAAUCUGUCAAUGUCAUAAUUACAGUAGAUACACAAGUAUGAAAUGAAUCUCAAAACGUCAUGUGUGUAGUGUCAUAAACCUAGGACCCUUCUAAUUUUCUACUGCAUGACCCACCCAUAACAAACUUGUGACCCACUUACUGAAAAUAAGCAGGAUAAAUUGAUGGAUUUUAUAGCCUCUCUGGUUUAAGUACUGUAUAGUAUUCUACGUUAAUCAUGUCAUUGACUAUUUAGAAAAAUAAGAUCCACAAGAAAAUACACUAAAUGGCAUUUUUUUUUUCAAAGCUGCAUAGUAUUUAACUCACAUUUUGCAAGGUGGUGGCCGUCAACUGUGAAAAGGGGUGAUGAAAUAUUAGUUUUACUUUGGCAUCAUCUAGUGGUCAGAAGUAGAACUGCAAGAACCUUAGUUUCCAAGUUCAACUUUUAGGUAGUUCAACAGUAUAGCAUCGAUCACAUGGUUAGCAGUUUCCAUUGUGUUACAAUUACGUCAUUUCUUUAUAGAAUAAAAAUGUGAUGAAAACAAACCCCACUACUUAAUUCUCAAAAGAAUACCAUUUUCCCAUUUUAAUGACUCAUUCCAGCCAAUUUGCAAGUCAAUUGUUUUAUUUUCAGCUUUACAAUGUGAACCACAUAUCAUACCAACAAUUAAAUGUUAAGUAUAUAGAUUAGCCAUUUAUUACCUUUUUUUGACAAUUAUGUAUGAAGAAAGCUGAUAAUAGUCUUGGCUUGAGUCUGCCUGUGUAGAAAGUGAGGGAAAAAAACAGUUGGGAUUAAAUUCCAAAUGUUUUGUUUUAAAUUGCAGCUCUUGUCCACAUGCGCACGUCACACUAUGUUCCCUUUAACUGCUGUGACGUGCAACAACCAUGAUGCCUUUCAGUCAAAAGUGCUGCAGAUGCGUGAGUGUUAAACCAUAGAAGAGUUAAGCAUGUGGAAAAAGAAAGCUAAGCAAAUCAUUCAAAAGGCAUGUUUUAAACAAGAGACGCAGGUUGCCUUCAAAUCUUCCUUGCGCCAUAUUCUGUCACAUUAGAGCAGGGGUGAGGAACCUACAGCCCUCAGGAGCGCUGGAUCUGGCCUGCCACGCAAUUUUAAAACAAAACCUCAGAGGAACUCCUAUGAAAGCCUGGAAACAUGUCACCAACAAAUGUUCAUAACAUACAUUUGUUCAAUUGGACUUUUUUUUUUUUCCCCCCCGAUAAAUUUUUCCAAGGCUCUCAGAGGACUGACUAAAAGGUUCACCACAUAUCCUGUAGACUAAAACUUCCACAGAUGAAUCCUUCCUAUGAUAAAUUAUUAACAUUGCUCUCCUUUUUUCCUCCCAUGAAAUUUACAUUAAAUUAAAAAAAAAAAAAAAACUGCUUCACGUGGCCAGAGG